AGUUACCGUUACUGUAUAGCCCCACUUUUUGUGGCGUUAUAUAUAGUUUGGUAACUUUUUUUUUAACACUUAUUUGCGUAUUUUGAGUCAAGAAAAACCACAUUUUGGUUCGGGACUCAAUGAAUGAAUGUUAUGAAAAAGAUGAGAGAGCUGCAGUUGUCUUCUCGCUUUACUUCUGCUUUUGCCAGAGCUACUGGUGGUGAUGUUCUUCUUUCCUUUUUUUUUCGAUCGUGACGCCACCACUAUACAGAAAAAGAAAGCAAAAAGUGUCAAUUCUUAUCUACGGAUUCCAUCUCUUUAUACGGUUAAGUAAGGGACUCUGAUAUCAUUUUUCUACUUACUUUUUACUCAGGUACCCAAGUGAUGCAGAUAAGCAUCUGUUAGCACGACAGACUGGUCUCUCCAGAAACCAGGUAUCAAACUGGUUCAUAAAUGCCAGGGUGCGGUUGUGGAAACCCAUGGUAGAAGAUAUGUAUCAAAAAGAGGCUAAAGAUGAAGAAGAGGAAGAUGAUGAGAAUAUGGAAAAGAGCCAAAACCAAAACAGUAGCAAUAAUAUUGCACAAACACCAACGCCUAAUUCCUCUACCAAUACAAUAACCACAGGAUAUGGAACAGAAACAAAAACAGCUGCCACUGUCACAGCAGCAACAAUAUUAACAGUUGCUUCAGACAAAAGAUCCGAAAUUAAUGUCCCAGAAAACGACCCUUCAAUUGUCGCAAUGAAUAAGCUUUGUUUCUCGGAAAACCAUACAGAACAUCAUGAGUCUUCCUCUAGGGCAACUCAUGAAAUGGCUCACCACAGUUUCCCGGCGAUUCAAGACUCCGAUGGCAUGUCCCGUCGGGAAGCCGUGUCCGGUGUUGAAUAUGGGACCACAAAUAUUAUGGCUAUUUCAGAUAAUGGAACAAGGAUGAUAAGAUUUGGGACCAGUGCUGCUGGUGACGUUUCACUCACCUUAGGACUGCACCAUGCAGGGGAUCUACCCGAGAAUACUCAUUUUUUCGGUUAAGCUGAGAUUUUGAAGGCUGCUCAUAAUGAAUCAUGAUAUAUUAGCACCACAUUAAUUAAUUUAUACCAAAUUUUACUAUAGCAAACCAGAUUUUGGGGACACAUAACUUUCUCUCUAGAUAAUGUUCAUUUGUCACACGCCUUUCAUAAAGAUAUAAUGAGAAACAGUUGCAUUAUCUUACAAGCACUGGUCA